UGAUGGCGAUGGAGCUCAUCCCUGAGCCCGAGGGCUCAGUUGCGAAGACCAAGGGUCAGAUCUUGUUGCUGCCAGAUGCAAUCUUGAUACAUAUUCUAGGAUUAAUCGGCGAUGCGAAGUCCGUCUUCCAAUGCGCUUUGGUAUGCCGGAGGUUCAGACAUCUGCUCCAUAAGGUUCCGACUCUGAGCUUCGAGAUCAGUCGCAACAACGAGUCUUAUGUGUCGUCGAGCUACGAGUCCCGCAUCUCCUCGGUGGUUUGUCGUAUGGCGGAUCUUCGACGUCUGUCAGUGCAUUGCUACAAGCGGCGGUCAUGGAGCGUCAACGCGGUAGAUUGCUGGCUUCGUCAUUGCGGUUCAACCCUGCGCAGCUUCGUGUUCGACGUCAAGACCGUGUACGAACGCGAUUUCCUCCCUCGCUUCUUCCACACCGUGUUUACUCAUUGCUCUAAUCUGGAAGACGUGUACGUCAACGUGAAUUGCCUGUUCAAGCUCAGGGACCUGCAGUCGGCCCUGGUCAACGUCGCUCCGUUGACUUCUUUGCAAUCAUUGACUGUGCGCAACGUGAACUUGCCGAACGGCGACGAACUGCAACUUUUCGUUCAACAGUAUUUCCCCAACCUCCUGCGGCUUCAUCUAGAGCCGCUGAGAAAUACCAAACGGAUCGUCGUGCGAUCACAAAAGCUAGUCGAGCUAACGAUAGGAGGGACGUACGAGCAGAAGAUAGAAAGUGUGCUGAUAGAUGCGCCGGAGUUGAGGCGACUGAGCUUGGCAAGGGUGGAGAGGUUCGCGCUGGAACAUGGGACGUCGCCGGCCCGAGUCACGCUGGACUAUUGUCUGAAGGGGAGCCCACCACCUCCUCACCAGCUAGUGGAGCUAUCCAUUCUCCUAAGGUCGCAGUUCUGGCCGGACUAUCUUCAGCCGAUCUAUCACUGGCAGGCAAGCAGUCUAGCACACUUGCUAGCGAGCUAUAGACACAAUGUACAGCACCUGUACUUGGAGAUCAACAAAGUCUUAGGCAGAAAGGUAUCAGAGUACUACGAGGUGGUGGAGGCGAUGCUAGGAGGAGAGUUCACACAGAUGCGGAGUUUAGAAAUUCGACUAAGUGACGUGAUGAGUUGGUUCGAGCACUACGUGAAGGAGAAACUGGUGGAGGAGGAGGAGGAGGAGGAGGAGGAGGAGGAGGAGGAGGCAUGGGGGGAGGAGGAUGACGGAGGCGAAGAAGACGACGAUGAGGAAGACGGCGAUGAAGACGGUGAAGACGACGAUGAGGCGGAGCAUGCGGAAGAGGAGGAGGAGGAGGAAGAAGAGGAGGAGGAGCAGGAGGCAAAGGAGGUGGUGGAUGUCUAUGGCCAGGAAGAGGAGGGAGAAGCAGACGGAGGAAGACGACGAGCAGACAACAACAAUGCCAGUGUGGCCGCCACCGACUUUCGCCUGCAGAAGAAGAGGAAGACGAAGGGGAAGACGAAGAACAACAACCAUCCUAAUGGUCUCAUAUCCCGAUCCCAAUUCUCCCUCUCGGAAGGUCUGGGCUUGGCGUCCCUCCUACGCUCUCCUGCAAUUGUAGCAGCAGCAGCAGGAGGAGAAAGAGGAGGAGAAAGAGGAGGAGAAAGAGGAGGAGGAAGAGGAGGAGGAAGAGGAGAAGAGAACGGAGUCGCUUCGAACAAGGACCGCAUGAAGAUUGAUCGGCGUCAGAAGGAUCACAACCAUUCAUUGUUGAUGGGUGGUGGGAAUGGCAGGAUGUCCGCAUGGGGCUUCAUCGAUGCCCCUAUGCUGGAAUCCGUAGAUUUGAGUGUGAGAGAUGGUUCUCUUCUUACCAUUAGGGUGAUAAGGAUGUUUCUCUCCUCCUGUCCGAACCUGAGGUCAGUUACGGUCAGGCUAUUUUGGGAACUUAGAACGGAUCCGGUCUUCUUUGGGACUUGGUUCCGUCUGCAGAGGCAAAACCCCCAAGUCUUCUUCUUGCUCUUAUGUGUGGAGGAGGGAGGCGAGUGGGUGAUUGUAGAGGGGGGGGAAUCUCAAACUCCGACGGAAGAAAAGAGACGGUCAGGACUCAGCGGGGGGGGAGGCAACGGGGGGGGAGGCAGCGGAGGCGGGGGGAGGAGAAUGAAACGACCGUACUCGUACAGCUUUCGAAAGCUAACGCGUAGCGCUCAAGCCGCGGCCAAAUCAAACUCGUUGCCAGGGGGAGGGAUGAAUCUCCACAUGGCCGCCCUCAAUGGGAAUGGAGGUGGAGGAGGAGGAGGAGGAGGAGGGGGUGCCAUGUCAAUGUCAUCAAUGUCAUCAGCGCUCUCACCAUCUCGGCUUCUCCUCUCCUCAUCACGGCAUGGCGGUCUUACCGCCAUAGCCGGCGAUGGUGGCGGUGUCGCCGGACCGGGGAAGAUGGGUAUGGGACUCAACACCCCUGCGAAUGCCACGUGUACAAACGCCGCCACGGGUACCAACGGCAGCGGUGGCAGUACUAUCUUCUCUACCCCCUCCCUCAACACGACCGUGACACCGGCCGCUGCUGUUGGCCUUACGGGCGCGAGCAGCAGGGCCAUCAUCAAAGCCACCCCUGCAGCAAUCACGGAGAAGGAGGAGGAGGAGGAGGAGGAGGAGGAGGAGGAGGAGGAAGAGGAGGAAGAGGAGGAACGGGAGGGCGAGGAGGAGGAGGAAGAGGAGGAAGAGGAGGAACGGGAGGGCAAGGAGGAGGAGGAGGAGGAGAGAAGGAGAUGUUGAUGACGAAGAUAAAGAGGAGGGAACUUC